AUGAAGAGUGGUAUUUACCAAGCAGCGCAUCUUUACCUGCUCUACUAUUUAGGAGCAGGACACGGAGAAAAUAUAGUAGAAGACAUAUGUAAAGGCGAACGGGGAAUAAACUUCUUUUCGCUUAAUUCUAAUUCAAAAAGAAAUAAAAAGUCGAAACAUAAUAGGGAGAAAAAACGAAACGCGCAAAGUUCUAACUUUUUAAACCAAGAAUCGUAUGUUGAAGAAACAGAUAACAUAAGUGGCAAGGACGUCGAAGGAUCACAUCCGUCUCAUGAUUCAUCGUUUGUUAACUUAAAUGAUCAUGUCAGUAAAAAAAGUUCAUCAUACAGCGUUCAAGUAAAAGAACGUACACCAUAUAGUAGUAUGCAAAGGAACAAGGAAAAGGAAAAAGUACAUGAGAGAAUGCAUGGUGUUGUCAAUUCUUUUGUACAAAGUCCAGAAUGGGAAGAAUCAGGCGAUUGGGAGGGAACCGAUAAAUCUAAAGUUAAUAUAAGCGAAACAUUGAAGGAUCAUAUUAGGUUUAACCGAGUGUUUGAUAUGGAGAUUGAUUUUGUUGACCUACAUUUUUUUAGUACAAUUCAGGAGCUCAUUCCAGAGAACAGUAAAUACCAUGAAUAUUAUGAGAAAACACUUAAACAGGAAAUUCCAAAACACAUAGAUACGUUAAAAAGAUUAAUAGAGUCAUGCAUAUCUGAAAAGGAACAAAUGGUCAUAUUAAAACAUGAGAUUAAUUAUGCGAAGACAAAAUCUAUAGAAACAGAAACGUUAAGUGAGAAGGAAUCAACAUUCUCAGAAAUAUCUAGAGCCUAUGAUAUUCAUAUAGAAUCGUAUAGGGAAAAAUUAAAGCCCCAAAUAAAUGAUAUAAAAAAUAAGGCAUUUUCAGUUUUGAAGGAUUCCCUCUGUAAGGAGAACUGUGCGAAAUAUGUGCAAAGAUAUAAUACAAUGCUCAGGAAUUAUAUAUCAUAUGCAAAGAAGUAUCAAAUGGAGACGUAUGUGUACUUUCGGAGGAGCAUUAACGAUUAUAGCGUUAUAGAUAAAAUGUUAUCAGAAGCUAAGGAACUCAACAUAGACAUUUCAGAAAGUGCUAAUUCGCUUAAAUUGUUAGGAGAAGAUAUCAAUGAAUUUUCUUAUUUGUACAGUAUUAACCAUACUUUAAUUGACGAUGCAGCCGAAAAUUUAGAAUCCAUAAAUGAGGAAAAGGCAUCUGCCGAAAUAGAUGCACAAAAGUUUGAACAGAAUUCCAAAUUCCUAGUAAACAACUACUGCAUUUUUGAAUAUAUAAGAGAACUUAACAACCCAAUUAAAAAAUCAUAUGAAAAUAUAAUAAAAAAAUCUAAUGCACUACUUUCUAGCAUUAUAGACACUUUCGAAAAGAUUGCUACUGCGUUGUACAAGUCAACAUUUGAUGAGAAGAAGUGCAAUAAAAUUAAAACCGAUGCAUUUAAAGUGAAAGAUGAGGCUGAACAAAUAUACGAAAGAAAUGAAAACAUAUACAAUAAAAUUCCAGAUGAUGAGCAUGAAAAGUUAAACAUUUAUUAUGACCUUAUCUACCCAAUGAACCACUAUAAAGAUGAGAUAGUAAGCAAUUCGGAGUUCAUUUCUAAUAGAUGUAAAAAUAUAUACGAAAACGUAAAAAAAAUGUAUGAAAACCAAUUGAAUAAUAUAGAACAACUAGAAAACAGCCCAUUAAAAGUAGAUUUGUAUGUGAUGCAAAUACGCAACAUGAACACUCAGAAAACCACAAUAGAUGACAGUUUCAGAACAUUGGAAAAAUAUUACGAAACAAUAUUAGAAUUAAAAAGAAAAAUGUAUGAUCUGAUGAUAACAUUUGAAAAAAAUGUUGCAAAAAUAGAUCGAUUAGAGGUUGUGAAAUAUGUGCGUGCUUUAAGGGAAGAAGAGAUGAAAGCUCUGUUAGAACAGAUGGCGACAAAGGCGUAUCACUUAAGAGAACUUGUCUCGUUAAAAGAGAAAUCAAAUGUGCACUUCACGCAAAUGAAUGAAUUGCUGAACACAGGAUCGUAUGACAAUAUGGAAGAGUUUAGCCUUACUGAGAAGGUGCAAAAUGAUAUUGAUAAUGUAUAUAAUUCUGUGUAUAGGGAACAUAUGAAUGAACUCAUCGAAGAAGUUGAGAAUUUUGUAACCACGAAUAAAGGAAGCACUGUGGAGCCUCUGCAUGAAGCAGUAGAACAGAAGCUACAGGAUGCCAAAGAAACUUUUGCUAAAUUAGAUUUUAUUAGCGAUAACCUGCUGACAAAUGUGUACAAUAAAAUGAGUGCAGAAGUUGCUUAUGUUGAAGUGAUCAAAAAAGGAAUUGCGCAAAAACAAGUAGAAAAUGUUCAUAAAAGAUUGAAAAAUUUUUUGGAUUCGUUUGCUACAGUGUUUGAUGCGUUGCAAAAGAAAAUGAAGGAUUAUAAUUACGAGGUUGAUGCAAUAGAAAAGUAUAAGCAAAAUAUUUCCGAAAAGGAGGAGGAAUAUUUCAACAAUGUAAAUGUAGAUGCAGAUGUGCCAAGGGAAGAAUCAAAUGUGCAGGAAUACACUAAACAUAAGCAAAAUUGUUCCAGACAGGAAGGUGAAAUAUCCGCCAAAAUUGCCCACUUGAGGGAAGUCAUGAAUAACAUUGAGGGCCAAUUAAAUUAUUACGGUGUUUUUGAAAAAUACUUUACCCUUAUUAGCGAUCAAAAUGAAGUUUCAAAAGUUAAAGCUUUAAAGGAAAAGAUUAUUCGUGAUAAUUUGAGCGACAAAAUAGAACAGUAUGAGAUAGAAUUCAAAGGGAAAACCAGUGCAGUGGAAAAUAUCGUAUCAAAUAUUCAAAGUUUAAAUAUGGCAAUAGGUUCACUUAAACGUUUAAAUGGUAGCAUAAACAAUUGCAAUAAAUAUAAUGGAGAUAUUGCUCUUUUGAAAAGUAAAAUAAAAACUCUAAGAGAUGAGGUACAAAAGGAAAUUACCGAAAUGGAAGGCGAUAGUGUGGUGGGAGAAAAUACCACUGCUUUACUUUUAACAAGUUUAAGGGAUAAAAUGGAAAGGAUAAACGAAAAAUUGAACGAGAAUAGACUAAACAAUUUAGACACUAAAAAAGAAGGUCUUCUGAAGUUUUACUUAGAAUCGAAGUCGCAAAUUCAUAUAACUAAGGACCAAAACAGGCCACAAGAUACUUUGAAUAGAAUUGAUGAAUGGGAGGCCAUCAAAAAGGAAGUAGACGAACUAAAUGAUAAUUACGAGAUUAUUAGAAAAAAUAAAGUUACCCUACUUAAAAAUAACUCUGUUACUUAUAUAGAAGCAAUGCAUAGCCAUAUAGAUAAUGUUGUUCACAGCAUAACGAGAAAUAAGAAUGAAAUUUUGAAGUCUGUGGAAGCAAUAGAAGAAAAACUGAACCUCGUUGAACAGAAUGAAGAUUAUAAAGAGGUUAGGAAUGCUGAAAAUGAGAAGCAAAUAGAAGCCAUAAGGGGAUCAAUCAGUAAACUCAAGGAAAUAAUCAACAAACACGUAAGAGAUAUGACCCAUCUGGAGAGCUCAUCAAACAUUUCAAAGAUCAAUGCAAUGAAAAAGGAAAACGAACACCAUCUGGAAAAAAUAAAUCAGAUAAAGGGACAAAUGAGGGACAUUUAUGAAAAGCUAAAAAACAUAUCAGAUGAAUUAAAGGAAGGACCAGUAAAAGAAUUGAAGGAAACAAGUGAGAACGUAGACAAAGUGGAAUUAGAAUUGGAGAAGAAAAAUAUUGGGCACAUUGUAGACCGCAUAAUAAUAGAAAAGGACAAAGCUCGAAAGGGUGUUAAUGAAAUGAAUUCUCUCAAAACCAAAAUUGAAAACUUGAUACAUAAAACAAGUGAUAAAUCACAAAAUGAAUUAGUCACAACGAGUAUUACAAAGCAUUUAGAAAAUGCAAAGGGGUAUGAGGACCUAAUAAAACGAAAUGAAGAAGAAUCAAUUCUGUUGAGGGACAAUGCAAUAAAACUGCAGGCAUUCGUUGAAGUGAAAAAACUAGUUCAGCAGGUUAACAUGAAUUUACAAAGUGCUAUACAACGCAAUGCUGGUAUAAGUAAAGAGCUGAAUGAACUUAAGGGCGUUAACGAUUUGUUGAUAUCAACGAAUUAUAGUAGCAUUUUAGCAUAUAUAAAGAAAAAUUUCAGCGAAUCUGUCCGUUUUAAUCAGCUAGCCAAUGAGGAAUUUACAAAAGCUGAAGGUGAAGAGAAAAGCGCAAGUGCCAGAUUUGAGGAGGCAGAGAAGUUAAAGGGACAAAUUGUCAAAGAUUUGGAUUACAGUGACAUAGAUGACAAGGUAAAUAAAAUUGAGGGAAUCAAAAGAGAAAUUUUAAGGAUGGCGGAUAGUGCACUUACAUUUUGGGAAGAGUCAGAAAAGUAUAAACAACUGUGCUCUUCAUAUUUGGAAAAUACUAAAGAGGGCAAGAAAAAAAUUGAGUAUUUAAAAAAUAAGGGAAGUAGAGGAAAAGCCAACAUAACGGAUAGGCAAAUGGAGGAGGUUGAUGAUUAUGUUAGAAAACAUGAAGACGCCUUUCAAAAAGUGGUAGAGCAGGUAGACAAAACUAAAGGCUUGUAUGAAUCCACACUAUCUUAUGUAACUAAGAUGGAUAACCUGUUUAACGAAUCUGUAAUGAAAGAAGUGAAAGUGAAGUGUAAAAAACAAAAUGAUAAGGCGGAGCAAUUAUUCGAUCAAAUUAAAACCGUAGUUGACAGAAUUAAAGUACGUGUGAGUGAGAACCAAGGAAAAAUAGGAGAAUUGAUGGAAAAAGACAAAAUUGAGAAAAAGGAAUCUAUGCAGCUUAACGAUAUGUCCAAGAAGUCGUUAUUACAAAUAGAUAAUUGCAUGAAAGAGCUUGACACAGCAUUAUCAACCAUUGAAAGGGUGAAAGAAAAUGCACUUCAAUAUUUUGAUGCGGCUAAUAAAUCAAUGAAGUCCGUUUUGUCUAUACGUGAAUUGGAUACCGAAAAUUCCUUAGAUAAAGUAACAGCGGCUAAGAAAAAUUAUGAGAAGAAUUUGGUAACCGUUCAAAACCAAUUGAGUCAUAUCAAUAUGGAAGAAGUAAAUCUGAAGGACAUAGCUAAAAGAAUAACUGACAUAGAAAAUGACUUGCUAAAAAUGAAAAAACAAUAUAAACAAGGGUUAAUGCAAGCGAUUAACGAAAAUGCGGACAAGAGGAAACGUAAUUUCGAAUUAGUACGAAGAGAAAUAAACGUCUUGGUCGAUUCAAGAAAAUCUAUUUUUAUUAAAUUAAAAUUAAAGGAAUAUGACAUGACCGACGAUUUAAAAAAUUAUGGUGCUAAAAUGAAUGCUAUUCAUCAAAAAUUUACCAAAUCGUACAAUUUGAUAAAGACACAAUUGUCCAAUGCUACAAAGUAUUCUGUGAUAUCUAAGGAGGCGCAAAGUUUAAGGGAAGAAGCAGAGAAAGAAGAUGAACAUCUCAGAAAAAGAGAGGAAGAAGCGAUAAGACUUCUGAAUGAUAUUAAAAAAAUGGAGUCGUCAAAGCUGUUAAAUGAAAUGAUGAAUAACGUGAAUGCCGAAUAUGAAGGUGUGACAAGAGACCAUGCGAGCAUUAGUCAGUAUGUAGAGGAUAUGAAGCAAAUUGUUGAUCAGCUGAAAAGAUUGAAUAAUAUAAGAGAAUGUUCUACUAAGCUAAACGACAUAUUAAGUAUAGUUAAAAAGGUUAAGGAGUCGAAACAGGCCGAGUAUAAGAGAGACGCGAAAAGCAUGUAUGAAAGUAUGCUGGCUUUGGCAAAUUAUUUCCUAAGCGAUGAUGCUAAAAUUUCAUCAGGGAUGGAAUUGAAUCCGGAAAUGAAAUCUAAUUAUAAGACAGACUUAGAGUCGGAGAUAUUUUCGGUAGUAUCAAAUACUAAUGGACUUUUAAAAAAAAUUGAGCAGGGUUCAAAUGAUGUAAUAAAAAAAGAAAGAGAAAGUGAACGGCUAGCUAAGGAGGCUACUGAUAUUUAUAAUGUAAUAAAACAAAAAAAUGAAUUUAACGAAAGGUUAGUAGAAGUCAAGAACAAGGAAAAGCUCAUUUGGGAAAAGAUAAGGGAAGCAUUAGAAAGAUGGAGGCAAGUGAAAGGAAUAACAUGCCACUUUGAGCAGUUCUAUACGUUAUUAGACAAUACAGAGGAGAUUGCAAAUUUGAACAAAAUGGUUACUGUCUAUCAGGAUAAGAAGGACGCGCUGAAAGUAUCAGUGUUUCAAGAAAUGGACAACGAUAUGAAAAAGUAUAGUAACUCCAUAGCACAGUUAGAAGGAGUAGUUUUAUCAGGCAUGGAAUCUAAAGAAUACAUUGCAGAAUUGGGAACAUCCAAUGACAAAAUGGGAAAUAUUAGUGAAAAAAUAAGAACCAUAUAUUCAAAGGUUAUGGAAAUGAAUUCAACUAUUGAUGAUUUGUACAAAAUGGGAAAAAGUUGUCAGUCCCAGUGGAUUGCCCAAUUGAGACAUGCUGCGAAUAUGAAAACCUCCAAAAUAUUAAUAAUGAUUAAUAAACAAAAGGAGAAUGUUGAAAAGUUUGUGCAAUACAUUAAAAAUAAUUCGUAUUCCACAGAUAAUUAUGUCGAAACUUUGAAAAAGUUUUACGAUAAUAAGAUUACAUUUUGGAAUGCAUCCGAAAAUGCGCAAAAUGCAGAUACAUAUUCCCUGAAUUUCGCAGAACAUGCAAAGGAAUCUUUAAGAGCGAUAAAGCAUAUAAAAGUAGAAUUACAUUCAUUCCAUGAAAACAGUGAUAUUAGCAUUGUAGAAAGAAAACUCGAAAAUAUUUUGGUACUUCAUAAUAAGCUGAGCGACGAAAAGAGAGAAAUGGAUGAUUUGUACAUAAAUAUGAGUGAAACUAAGCUGAUGCAAAUGGAACAAAGUUCUGACGUCUUCAAGCCUGUCAUAGAAUUACACGAGCGAAUGAAUGAAACGAAUUAUAAGUCUUUGUUGGAGAAACAACAGAAACUAAAAAGCGUGAAAGAUAAUCUGCAGCAUAUGGAAGCUGAGCUGAUUAAAAAUGGCCUGCAGUACACCCCAGACAGUGUACAAAAUGUUAAGAAUAUAUACGGUGAUAUUGAAGCUGAAGUGAAAACAUUAGAAGAUGUUUACCGUGAUUAUAGCGAUAAUAACCAAAAGGUGGAAGAGUACAAGAAGCAAUUUUCCAUUUUAAUAGACAGAACGGACACCCUUAUGGAUGAUAUCGAAAUAUUCAAAAAGGAAAACAAUUACAAUUUAAUGGAAGAAAACACAGAUACGAUACACAGAGUAAACGACUAUAUAGAAAAUAUCACGAAUAAGCUAGUAGAAACAAGAAGGGAGUAUGAAAAUAUCCUGGAAAAUAAAAAACAAAACGAUGAUAUGCUACAGAAUAUUUUUCUCAAGAAAAGAAAUAUUAUCGAAUUGUUUGAAAACGUAAAGAAGGAAAAAGAAUCUAUAUUAAAUGAUUUAUAUGAACAGGAAAGAUUGCUCAAAAUAGGGCAAAAAUUAGAUGAGAUUAAGGAUAAGGUGACAAAGAUACUGGAUAAAUAUGAAAUUAAUGAAAAAAAGGAAAUGCUGUCUAAAAAUCUUCUAAAGAAAAGAAGCAACAUAAUGAAUCCUAUUUCUAUUUAUGGGUUGGAGAGAGAAGCGAAUGAAAUAAAUACGGAUUUUAAAAAAAUAAAAUAUGAUGCUAAAGAACUUAAUAAUCUUUUAGAAGAUACUAUUAAGAAGAAGGGAUAUAUGGAAGCGUUGUUUAAUCAGAUGUCUUCACACAGGAAUCCCAGUGAAUAUAAAUCUGCAGAAAAGCACAUGAAUGAAGCAAGUGGAAUAAUUCACCAAUUAGAAAUAAAGCUUGGAGGAAUGGAUCAACUAGUAAAGUAUAGUGAACGCAUAUUAUCAGAAAUGAAUUAUAAAAAAAGUUCUAUAGGAAAGCAGAAGACAGCUAAAGAUUUGAGAAUUAGUGAAAGAAAUAGAAGUGAAAAGGAAGAAAGGGCACGUUUGCAAGGAAUGAGCAUGAAAAAUGAUCCUAUGAAAAUUGGAAUAACCCAUCCGGAAGGAUCCGUGGGUGAAGGAAAACAAUCCGAAUUGGAUGGAACAAAAGGUGUAAUACACGAUGCAGAUGAACAUAAUACUGGCUCGACAAAAGGGGGACAUGGAUUAGAACAUGAGGAAACUGCAUUACCCACGGAUCAAACCAAGAUGAGUGACGGUACACGUUUAUGGCAUAACAGUACGAGACGUGAUACAUAUGAUAUGCAUACAGGGAAGAGCCAGGAUGGUACCUAUGAGGAUACGUCUUCCAGUAAUGGAGUAGAUAUUGUUUUGAAUAAGAAGUUUAAUUUUAAUAAUGUCAAAUAUGCAGGAGCAUUUAUUUUACUGCUUGCGAGCGUACUUCUAGGGGCUAUUAUAAGAAAGACAAAAGAUGACCAAGAGAAAGAUGAUAAUGACGAGCAAGUGGAUGACUUGUUUGAGAUUAAGAAUAGCAUGAGUAUAGAAAACGAAGAAGAAAUUGUUCAUGUUUGUUUUGAUGAUUUUGAUUAUUAA